AUGUCAGGAACUCAUAUUAACAGACCAAGGCCUAAUAAGUGUAUUGACAUUAUUUUAGACAAUGAUUAUAAUAAAAUUGUGCCUAAACCCAUCAAUCUUCAUCCUGGAUACGAUAUUGAAUAUAUUAGAAACAAAUAUGGUUUUCAUUAUCCUGGUCAAUUCGAAAAGAUGAUUGAGGUGGAAAAAAGAUAUGAUAAUUUAUCUAUUAUUAGUUCGUAUGAAACUCCUCAGCAAUGGGCUAUUCGUGUAAAAGACGCUUUGCAAGCAUUGAUUACUGAAGGCCAUAAAAGUUAUUAUCAUGUAUUCUGCCUUUUCAGAUCAUCUGGACAAGGAGUAACCAAGACAUACUAUAGUAACUACGAAGGGAGAGAAGUUGCCAUUGGUUAUCACAGACCUAAUAUUCACAAUAGCAAAAUGGCUAUUUGUUUCGAUUGUUGGAAAUUAGUAAAGAUCACUGAUGAAAAACCAAAAAAGACAUAUUUCAGUGGAUGGCGGAGAUAUGGGUAUAAGAUUAAGCCUGAAGAUUUGAUGAAGAAUCAUUGGGAUAACUCAUGUUCCAAGACUAAUAAAUAUAUAGAAGCCUAUCUUCUUGCAAGAUCAAAGUCAGAAAUAUUGUGUGAAAAAUCUUCUGACCAGAGGGGGGUAUUAUAUCCUGAAAAAAUUACACCUGAUUCCCUCCUGCAGUUUGAUAGAACAAGUGGAAGCGAAAUAUUUAUCUCAUCUAUAUAUGCAAAACAAAAAAACUUAACCCAUCUUAAUCAGCCAAAAGGCACUGCGUUAAGAUUGAGAAAUGGAACACUAAUCACAAUUGUCUAA